AUGACGCUCGUGGAGCGGUCAGUUAAUAUUACGCCUCGGAAAUCAGGCCCAAAGAAGAAGCCGCUGUCCCAUCGCAAAUAUACUCCUCCAAAGCCACUGCAACGCCGUGAGAAUACGUACUCAUCACGCAAGAAAGUCGAGGUCCUUAUGUUCCUAGAACAUCAUAGAAUAUAUGAUCCUGACCACUACUUCUCUGUUAAUGGUUAUCGUCAUCCCCUGGCCCGAGAAGCCUCAAUACACUUCCUCGUUCCUGAGCGCACGAUAUACUCAUGGACGAAGGAUAAAGACAUGGUCCUUGAGCUCAAGAAACGAAGCUAUUCCCCCCACUGGCCGGACCUCGAGGAGGAACUAUUCCGGCGGUUUCUUGAGGCCCGGGACAAGAAGCUUAUCGUGACGACUGGAUGGUUCAGAAGACAGGCCCAGAUUAUCUGGGAAGACAAAUACCCUCAGCUGAUGAAGGUAUUCACAUUCUCAAAUGGUUGGUGGCUAGGUUUUAAGCGGCGGCGAGGCAUCGUCAAGCGUCGGGUCACUAAGGAGUCAAGUCGUCGCCCAGAGGAAUACAAGGCUGUCACGAAUAACUUCCUCUGCUUUAUCCGCCGGGUAUCCAACAACACCAAUACACUGCAAUUGCGCCACAACCAGUCACCCAAAAUGACUAUAAAUUAUAUCCUCGACUCGCCUGUUCGUCGCUUUGAGAAGAAAUGGACUUUAAAUGUCGAUGAGACCCCGAUUCCAUUCGAAUAUCUCGAUGGAAGUACGUGGGAAUUACGUGGGGCAAAAACCGUGGCCGGCAAGACCGACCGUAGCGGGUGGAGCAAGAGACAGGCCACCCUUAUCAUGUAUAUCUUCGCCGACGGGUCUUUCCGACUAAAGCCUAAGAUCAUCUUCCACGGCACCGCCGGUCCAACAGGCAGGAUUUUCGCUGAUGAGGGCCAUCUUUACGCACCAGACGUGACUGUCGCGUACAAUGAGACAGCGUAUAAUAAUGAGGACUUAUUUUAUGAUUGGAUUAAGGACGAAUUGGCGGACGUACAGGCGAAAACACGAGACUUCCUUCUCGUGAUGGACGUCGCCACAUUUCACAAGACUGACAAAGUCACAGCCCGGCUACGGCAACAGAAGGUGACGAGGGCGCUUAUCCCGCCGGGCUGUACGGGUCAGCUUCAACCGCUUGACGUGUCCGUCAAUAGACCAUUGAAGGAUUUGCUACGAGAAGAAACCCUUAUUUAUAUGAUAAAUAAGGAGGCCCAAGGGAAGACAGAGUGGUCCGUCAAGGAUAAGAGGAUAAUGACAACGUGGGUCGUCUCACGGGCUGUCCAACGACUUGCCCAACGUCCUGAGAUGAUUGCCAAGUCAUUUAUAAGCUGCGGUAUUAGUGUGAGGCCCGACGGGAGCCAGGACCACCUCAUACACAUCAAAGACAUCGACGAGGUCGAUUUUACGGGUUGGGAGACUGCUGAGGAGACUAUCGUCAAGGAGGAAGAGGUUGUGAAUGCCCUCACGGACUUUGAGGAGCUUAUGUUAGCCGGGGACGAAGAUAACACCCCAGAAGACCUUUAUAUCGGCCUCAUGCAACUAAAGAAGGAACAGCUAAAGACAAUGGCCAAGGGACUUGGGCUUUUGAUGGGUGGGAAUAAGGAUGACAUUGUGAGACGGCUGAUGAAUAGAUAUACCGAUGGGACUACUGCCGAGGCCCCGAUUACAGUGGAGGAAGAGCCUGAAUCAUGUAUUGUAGUUGUACCUUAG